UGGCGAUAAACCCCCUUUUCUGGUGCCUCAGGUGCUGACCCCCGGCUGCUCCCCGGCGGCCCCCCCGGCGGCUCGCAGGGUCAGGGCGGCUCCAGGCCCCGCAGCCAUGUCCACCUUCCGCCAGGAGAGCGUGGAGGACUUCUACGAGAUGGGGGAAGAGCUGGGCAGCGGGCAGUUUGCUAUUGUACGAAAAUGCCGGGAGAGGAAAACGGGCCUGGAGUACGCGGCCAAAUUCAUCAAGAAGCGUCGGCUGUCGUCCAGCCGUCGGGGCGUGAGCCGGGAGGAGAUCGAGAGGGAGGUGGACAUCCUGCGGGAGAUCCAGCACCCCAACAUCAUCACACUGCACGACAUCUUCGAGAACAAGACAGACGUGGUGCUGAUCCUGGAGCUGGUCUCGGGCGGCGAGCUCUUUGAUUUCCUGGCUGAGAAGGAGUCCCUGACGGAGGAGGAGGCCACGCAGUUCCUCAAGCAGAUCCUGGACGGGGUGCACUACCUGCACUCCAAGCGCAUCGCCCACUUUGACUUGAAGCCAGAGAACAUCAUGCUGCUGGACAAGAACGUGCCAAACCCUCGUAUCAAACUCAUCGACUUCGGGAUUGCCCACAAGAUUGAAGCUGGGAAUGAAUUCAAGAAUAUAUUUGGGACCCCAGAGUUUGUAGCCCCAGAAAUUGUGAACUACGAACCUCUGGGGCUGGAGGCUGACAUGUGGAGCAUCGGGGUCAUCACUUACAUCCUGCUGAGCGGAGCCUCCCCCUUCCUGGGGGAAACAAAGCAAGAGACCCUGACCAAUAUAUCUGCCGUCAACUACGACUUUGAUGAGGAGUAUUUCAGCAACACCAGCGAGCUGGCCAAGGACUUCAUCCGCCGCCUGCUCGUCAAGGACCCCAAGAAGCGGAUGACAAUCGCUCAAAGUCUGGAACACCCUUGGAUUAAGGUCAUCAAGAGGAGGAACGUCCGCAAUGAAGACAACUGCAAGAAGCCCGAGCGCCGCCGGCUGAAGACCACGCGCCUGAAGGAGUACACCAUCAAGUCCCACUCCAGCAUGCCGCCAAACAACACGUACAUCAACUUCGAGCGCUUCUCCAAGGUCAUGGAAGAGGUGGCUGCAGCUGAGGAGAGCCUCCGAGAGCUGGAGAGGAACAAGAAGUCAUUCCAAGAGGACAUCGAGGCCCUGCUGUCCAUCUACGAGGAGAAGGAGUCAUGGUACAAAGAGGAGAAUGAGAGCAUCAGCCAGGACCUCCGCCAGAUUCGGCAGGAGCUGCAGAAGACGGAGGCCCUGAAGAAGCAGGCACAGGAGGAAACCAAAAGUGUGGUGCAGGUGGCCAACGGCCUCAAGAGGCGUUACCGAAAGCUGGAGAACCACUACGAGGCGUUGGCCAAGCAAGUGGCUUCGGAGAUGAAGUUUGUCCAGGAUCUGGUGUGGUCCAUUGAGCGGGAGAAGCUGCAGAGCGGCGAGGGAGACGGCAGCAUCCGCUAGCUUGGCUGGCGCCGGGCUGAGGCGGCGGCGAAGGGACCUCGGUGGCUCUGCCCCUUGCUCGCCCGAGGAGCUGCUCCACCGACAGCCUUCGGUAACUGUCCCCAGGCUCUGCUGGGCUCGCCGUGGCGUGCCGGGGGCUUGUGCCUCCCUGGAAACCUCCCCUUCUCGGGGGGCUUGAGUUGUGCUCACCUGGGUUUUGGCUUCCUGCGUGCGGCUCUUGCUUGGCUUGCCGUCCACGUGCUCCCCGUGCUCCCCUCCUCCCUGCCGCAGUGCGUGGGGACCAGUUCUCCCCGUCCCACCCGGGACCUGGGUCUCGGAGCUGCCGCAGUGCCCUGCCUGGAGGUGGGGGGGUUCUGGUGGGGAGACCCCUCCUCUAAACCCUCGCAGCAGCUCAGGGUCUGCCACGUGCGAGCCAUGACCGAGGACCAAGUCCUGCGCAGCCCAACUCGCUGCAGCCCCGUGGGUGACCCCGGCCAUUCCCCAUUGCCCCCGGGGUAUCGCACCCCCCUGCACCCUACCCCAGCCCUCGGUCCCACCGGGUGCUCCCCCUUUUAACAAAAUAAAGGUCUCUCUGCACCGGGG